GAGGCCAUAGAAGCAAAUGAAAACCAAUCCUCUUUCUUUUUCUUCUUCUUCUUCUUCUCUCCAUUGUUUCUCUUAAUUCCAUGGAUGAAACUAACAAUUCUCCUUCAACAGAGGUUCCUUAUGAAGAUAAAAACAACCUUCAUAAGAAUAAUGACCCUCAAACUGAUCAUCAUCAUGACAUCUUUUCUCCCACAAACAUUCUUCUUAUCAUCUUACCAAUUGUCAUAAUCAUCUUGCUCAUAUCAAUACUCAUCAUCAUACUCAUCCUCCGACGAAUCAAAUCUUCAAGAACCGACACCAGCAAAGCCGACAGCAGCAGCAGCGUCAACAAUGGAGACUGCAUGUUUCUAAGUCACAGCAUUGUAAACAUCAAUGCUAGUCCGGAUGUGAAUGGGGGAAGAUGUUUAUAUGGUGCAAAUUCGGUAAGAGUUCCAACAAUUAAGGUGAAAGGAGUGCAAGUGUUCACUUUUAAAGAACUUGAAGUAGCGACGGAUAGAUUUAGCGACGGAAAUGUGAUUGGAAAUGGAGGUUUUGGUGUUGUGUAUAGAGGGGUAUUGAAAGAUGGAAUUGUUGCUGCAAUUAAGAGACUUCAUAGAGAAGGGAAACAAGGAGAACGUGCAUUUCGGAUUGAGGUUGAUUUACUAAGUAGAUUAAAUUCCACAUACUUGGUACAACUCCAUGGCUAUUGUGCAGACCAGCACCACAGGUUACUUAUAUUUGAGUUCAUGCCAAAUGGUAGUCUUCAUGGCCAUCUCCAUAGUUCCAUUAAUAGCCAAUAUAGGUCAAAUUUGAAUUGGGGAAUAAGACUACGAAUCGCUCUAGAUUGCGCUCGGGCUCUCGAGUACUUACACGAACAUACGGUUCCUUCGGUUAUUCACCGUGAUUUCAAAUCAAGCAACAUUCUCUUGAACCAACAUUUCAGGGCUAAGGUUUCUGAUUUUGGUCUUGCUAAGACUGGUUCUGAUAAAAUCAAUGGUAUGGUUUCUACACGAGUUCUUGGGACCACAGGCUAUUUGGCACCAGAAUAUGCUUCAACGGGUAAGCUCACUACAAAGUCAGAUGUAUAUAGCUACGGCGUGGUUCUCUUAGAGCUCAUAACAGGUCGAGUGCCCGUGGACACCAAACGCCCCCCUGGGGAACAUGUCCUCGUCUCAUGGGCUCUUCCAAGGCUAACAAAUAGAGAGAAAGUAAUGGAAAUGGUUGAUCCAUCUCUUCAAGGACAGUAUUCAAGGAAGGAUUUAAUCCAGGUAGCAGCUAUAGCUGCAAUGUGUGUUCAAGGAGAGGCAGAUUAUAGGCCAUUAAUGACAGAUGUAGUGCAGUCUUUAAUUCCUCUAGUGAAGAAUCAUUCCACUUCAUGUUCUUCAAAUUCAGGAAGGUUUAGUCAGAAUGCAAGUCCAAAGUGUUAGUUAAUUAUGAAGAUUAUUGUUAAUAAUUUCAGUAUUCUCUACUUAAUCUUAAGAACUUGAACCAAAUCCAUUAGCUAAAUAUGAUGAUAUGCUUUUGGUUUCUUACCAAGAACACUCAAUCCUUCAUUAAUUUGUUGCCAAUAAUGUAAUUCUUCUUGUA